GGCGGGCGGCGAAUAAAAGGCGGCGGCGGCGCAGCGAGCUCCCGGUGCGCGCUGGGGAGCGAGACGCACAGCUGGCUGCGCGCAGUCUGUGCGCUCUGGAGCGGAGCGGGCAACGCCGGCCUCCUGCAGCUCCGAAGAGCUUCGCCCUGCGACUCCCGCGAGGGGACAAGUCCGCACGGCAGGGUGGCCGCAGCCCUCGGCCCCCUACGGCGCGCCUCCCUCCCGCGCCCGCGGCUCAGCCAGCUCAGGUUGGCCAGCCGAGGCUAUGGACCCGGAGGAUGACCCCUUGCUGCAGGAUGUGUGGCUAGAGGAGGCGCAGGAAGAGGAGGAGGAAGCAACGGGUGAGGCCUUUAGGAGGGCCCAGAAGCCGGGGCCCCAAGCUGGGGCAGGGGGGCAGUGUUGCUGGCGGCACUGGACCUUGCCCUCCCGGCCCCCAGCGUCAGGCUUUUGGAAUACACUGGGCUGGGCCUUCACCAAUCCGUGCUGUGCGGGGCUGGUGCUCUUCCUCGGCUGCAGCAUCCCCAUGGCUCUUUCAGCCUUCAUGUUCCUCUACUACCCGCCGCUGGACAUUGACAUCUCCUACAAUGCCUUUGAGAUCCGCAACCAUGAGGCCUCCCAGCGUUUCGACGCCCUCGCGCUGGCGCUCAAAUCCCAGUUUGGGUCCUGGGGCCGCAACCGGCGCGACCUGGCCGACUUCACUUCUGAGACGCUGCAACGCCUCAUCACAGAGCAGUUGCAGCAGCUACAUCCAGUCAAUCGCUCACGGCCGGCCACCCGGGCCCCGUACCAGGUCCCUGCCGCGCUGCGGCUUGGCCCAGGACUGUGGGACACCUCCACCGCUCAGAAGCCAGCAGCCAAUCGGAGCGGGCGUCUUCGGCGAGCGACUCCACCCCUGGGGAGCCUGGCAGCCAACCAGAGUGAAGCCCAGGUGAACCAGGGACUGGACAAGAAUGGGCGGCGCCAACCCAGCGCCCCUCCCCCCACGGCGGCUGCGGCCAAUCAGAGCCGUGCCCGCCGCGGCGCCUCGCGCUGGGACUACUCACGCUCCUAUGUGAGCGCCAACACCCAGACGCACGCGCACUGGCGCAUCGAGCUCAUUUUCCUGGCGCGUGGCGACGCAGAGCGCAACAUUUUCACGAGUGAGAGGCUGGUCACAAUCCACGAGAUUGAGCGCAAGAUCAUGGACCACCCGGGCUUCCGGGAGUUCUGCUGGAAGCCCCAUGAAGUGCUGAAAGACCUGCCGCUCGGCUCCUACUCUUACUGCUCCCCACCCAGCUCGCUCAUGACCUACUUCUUUCCCACUGAGAGGGGUGGCAAGAUUUACUAUGAUGGCAUGGGCCAGGACCUGGCCGACAUCCGGGGCUCCCUAGAGCUGGCCAUGACUCACCCGGAGUUCUACUGGUAUGUGGACGAAGGCCUCUCUGCAGAAAACCUCAAGAGCUCCCUCCUGCGCAGCGAGAUCCUCUUUGGAGCGCCCCUGCCCAACUACUACUCGGUGGACGAUCGCUGGGAGGAGCAGCGGGCUAAGUUUCAGAGCUUUGUGGUCACCUAUGUGGCCAUGCUGGCCAAGCAGUCCACUAGCAAAGUGCAGGUUCUGUAUGGGGGGACGGACCUCUUUGAUUACGAGGUUCGCAGAACCUUCAACAAUGACAUGCUCCUGGCCUUCAUCAGCAGCAGCUGCAUUGCCGCCCUCGUCUACAUUCUCACCUCCUGCUCAGUGUUCCUGUCCUUCUUCGGAAUUGCCAGCAUCGGCCUCAGCUGCCUGGUGGCACUCUUCCUGUACCAUGUGGUCUUUGGUAUCCAGUACCUGGGCAUCCUCAAUGGGGUGGCUGCCUUCGUGAUAGUGGGCAUUGGCGUGGACGACGUCUUUGUAUUCAUCAACACCUACCGCCAGGCCACCCACCUGGAAGACCCGCAGCUGCGGAUGACCCAUACCAUUCAGACGGCGGGGAAGGCCACCUUCUUCACCUCCCUGACCACGGCCGCCGCCUAUGCAGCUAACGUCUUCUCCCAGAUCCCGGCCGUCCACGACUUCGGCCUGUUCAUGUCUCUCAUUGUGUCCUGCUGCUGGCUGGCUGUGCUCUUCACCAUGCCUGCUGCCCUGGGCAUCUGGAGCCUUUAUAUGGCGCCGCUGGAGACUGCCUGCCAGACCAGCUGCCACCAGAAGUGCGGCUGCAGGAGCUCCCUGCACUUCCCCGGGGACGUGUUUGCUGCUGCUGAGCGGGCUGGGGGCAGCCCUGCUCAGGGCCCCAUGCCCUACCUGGAUGAUGACAUCCCCUUGCUCAAUGUGGAGGAGGAGCCAGGCCGCUGCUCUGCCCUGGCAGUGUCGCUGGAGCUGGGAGACGCGUCCCUGGUGUCUGUGCCCCCCAAGGGCCUGCAGCCAGCCCCCGAUGCGGGCAGCCGGGGGCAGCUCAUCGCCCAGCUGCAGGAGCUGCUGCACCACUGGGUCCUGUGGUCGGCCGUCAAGAGCCGUUGGGUGAUUGUGGGGCUCUUUGUCUCCAUCCUCAUCCUGUCCCUGGUGUUCGCCAGCCGGCUCCGCCCCGCCAGCCGGGCCCCGCUGCUCUUCCGGCCGGAUACCAACAUCCAGGUGCUGCUAGACCUCAAGUACAACUUGAGCGCCGAGGGCAUCUCCUGCAUCACCUGUUCAGGUCUGUUCCAGGAGAAGCCCCACAGCCUGCAGAACAUCCGGACGUCCCUGGAGAAGAAGCGGGGCUCGGGGGUGUCCUGGGCCGGCUGGCCUGAGGCCACUCUACAGGACUCCCCGGGCACUGUGUACGUCUCCAAGGUGGAGAGCAAAGGCCACCCGGCUGUCUACAGGUUCUCCCUCAACGCCAGCCUGCCUGGCCCUUGGCAGACCGUGUCCUCUGGGGACGGGGAGGUGCCCUCCUUCCAGGUGUAUAGAGCGCCUUUUGGUAACUUCACCAAGAAGCUGACCGCUUGUAUGUCUACAGUAGGGCUGCUCCAGGCGGCGAGCCCCUCCGGCAGGUGGAUGGUGACGACCUUGGCCUGCGACACCAAGCGGGGCUGGAAGUUUGACUUUAGCUUCUACGUGGCCGCCAAGGAGCACCAGCACACCCGGAAGCUGUACUUUGCCCAGUCCCACAAGCCCCCUUUCCACGGCCGUGUGUGUGCGGCCCCUCCUGGCUGCCUGCUCGGCUCCAGCCCCGAUGGGCCGACCAAAGGCUUCUUCUACGUGCCCAGCGAGAAAGCUGUGACUCCCUCCGCAGCGCCCAAGGCCCGCCCCUCUGCCACCUUCGGCUUCAACCCCUGCGUGAACACGGGCUGCGGGAAGCCGGCGGUGCGGCCGCUCGUGGACACGGGGGCCAUGGUCUUCGUGGUCUUUGGCAUCGUUGGCAUCAACCGCACGCGGCAGGUGGACAACCAUGUCAUCGGAGACCCGGGCAGCGUCAUCUACGACAGCAGCUUUGACCUCUUCAAAGAAAUCGGGCACCUGUGUCGCCUCUGCAAGGCCAUCGCGGGGAACUCGGAGCUGGUGAAGCCGGGCGGGGCCCAGUGCCUGCCCUCAGGCUACAGCAUCUCCUCCUUCCUGCAGAUGUUGCACCCCGAGUGCAAGGAGCUGCCUGAGCCCCACCUGCUCCCAGGGCAGCUGUCACACGGGGCCGUGGGCGUCAAGGAUGGCCGAGUGCAGUGGAUCUCCAUGGCCUUCGAGUCGACCACGUACAAGGGCAAGUCCUCCUUCCAGACCUACUCGGACUACCUGCGCUGGGAGAGCUUCCUGCAGCAGCAGCUGAAGACGGUCCCCGAGGGCUCAGCCCUGCACCGCGGCUUCCAGACCUGUGAGCACUGGAAGCGGAUCUUCAUGGAGAUCAUAGGGGUGCAGAGCGCCCUGUACGGCCUGGCCCUCUCCUUGCUCAUCUGCGUGGCUGCGGUGACCGUGUUCACCACCCACGUGCUGCUCCUGUUGCCCGUGCUCCUGAGCAUCUUGGGCAGCGUCUGCCUCGUGGUGACCGUCAUGUACUGGAGCGGCUGGGAGAUGGGCGCCGUGGAAGCCAUCUCCCUGUCCAUCCUCGUCGGCUCCUCCGUGGAUUACUGCGUGCAUCUGGUCGAGGGCUAUCUGCUGGCCGGAGAGAACCUGCCCCCGCACCAGGCCGAGGAUGCUCACUCGCAGCGCCAGUGGCGGACGCUGGAGGCUGUGCGGCAUGUGGGCGUGGCCAUCGUCUCCAGCGCCCUCACCACAGUCAUCGCCACGGUGCCCCUCUUCUUCUGCAUCAUCGCCCCGUUUGCCAAGUUUGGCAAGAUCGUCGCACUCAACACUGGAGUCUCCAUCCUCUACACGCUCACGGUCAGCACAGCCCUGCUCGGCAUCAUGGCGCCCGGCUCCUUCACCCGGACCAGGACUUCCUUCCUCAAAGCCCUGGGUGCCGUGCUCCUGGCAGGGGCCCUGGGGCUGGGCGCCUGCCUGCUGCUCCUCCAGAGCGGCUAUAAGAUCCCCCUGCCCGAUGGGACCUCCCUAUAGCCCUGGCACUACGUCCGGCUUUGCACACCUUUGGUCCAGUGGGUUGGGGACGAGAUGCUCGUUCUCUGACCCCAGGGGCACUUUGUUCCCAGCUUGGCUACAGCUAGUUACGUUCCCAGGCCUGGGCCAGGCGACACUCACCUGUGUGACGCACACUGCCUUCAUCUCAGUGCCAGCCACCGCUGGGUGGUCAAGCUGGCAGCCGCCCUGGACUAUGCCUGGCGGCGGAAGAGACCAGCCAUCCCCCUGUGCCUGGUCACCGUGAGGGUCAGGUGAUUUUUUCAGGGGGCUUCCCUCGCACACUGCCUCAGUGCUCACAAGAACUUUCUGAUGUGGGUGUUACAGUUCCCCCAUUCUACAGAUGUGAAAACCGAGGCAUCAGGAGGCAAAGUGACUGACCUGUGGUGGCACAGCCAGAGCUGCCUCCUUCGGGGACUUUGCAGGAAGAGCACAGUGGGCGCAAGGGCAGGGCCUCGCACUCCCUGCCCCCGCCUCCCCAUCAGUUUUACAGCGGCCAGUGCUGGGUGGUCCUGUGAUCUUCCCCAGGGCUUUUAGUCCUGGCCGGGGAGCACGGAGGAACCGGCCUGGGGUACUGCAUGUCCCACCCCUGGCCCCAGCCUCAAGGGGCUCCUGCUCUUUGGAAGCCAUGGGGCCCCAGCACAGCCUUCCUUACAGAUCUGAGCCCCUACCUCCCCCACCUGACUCUGGGGUUGGAAUUUGGGGGAGGGGGGCAGCCCCUGGGAGGGGGAGCUGGCCGUGCCUGCCGCCUGCUCACAGCAGAUGGUUCUUAUUAAAGUGAAAUGAAACUGCAGACCGCUGCCAUUAACACGAGCAUUUUAAGCAUCGCUGGCUCCAUCGUAUUCUUAAAAUUGAAAUAACUAAGUGUUUGCAUGCCGCCCAGCCGGAACCUGGCACGAGGGGUGGGGCCGGGCCUGGAAGGAGAUAGAGGUGGGGUGGAAGGUGCCAGACCCUCUGGGGAGCAGGGUCACAGAGUGCUGUGCAGGCUCAGGAGGCUGGGUACCACUGGGGGAGCACCGUGGGAGGGGGCCCGUCUGGCUCCCCACAGGGACGUCCGUCGGCCCCUUCAGCGCGUCUGGUAUUGUGCUGUGACCUUCUUCCUCGGGACAGACGUUGGCCCCUGGGCUUUCGGAAGCUGGGCACAGACUGAGCUGGGACUAAACCCUUAGGGCGGGGUAGACAACCCUGAGGGUUGUCUCCAGAUCAGCUCACCUGGUCAUCUGUGAAUAUUGACCGGGGUCGGGGGGUGCUGGGCGUGCACGACAGACACACAGCACCGUGUCCCCGCCCAGUGCAUGCCUGGCGCCCAGCAGGUGCUCGGUAUUUGCUGAGGGAGCAUCAGACAGACACCAAACGCGAUUAAUGGUACAAGUUGACACAGCACUUACUGUGCCAGUCGCCCUUCUCAGGGUUUGUAUCAGUCUGCCUGGGCUGUCAUAACAGAGUGCCCUGAACUGGGUGGCUUCUAACAGGAAUUUAUCCUCUCACACUGCUGGAGGCUGGAAUUCCUAAGCAAGGUGUUGGCAGCAUGAGUCCUUCUGGAGGAUGGGCCUUUCUUUCUUUCUUCCUUCCUUCCUUUCUUUCUCUUUCUUUCUUCAUUUAUUCAUUUAUGGCUGGGUUGGGUCUUCGUUGCUGCGCGUGGGCUUUCUCUAGUUGUGGUGAGCAGGGGCUAACUCUUCGUUGCGGUGCGCGGGCUUCUCAUUGCGGUGACUUCUCUUGUUGCGGAGCACGGGCCCUAGGCACGCGGGCUCAGUAGUUGUGGCUGCGGGCUCUAGAGCGCAGGCUCAGAAGUUGUGGCACACAGGCUUAGUUGCUCCAUGGCGUGUGGGAUCUUCCCGAACCAGGGCUCAAACCCACGUCCCCUGCAGUGGCAGGCGGAUUCUUAACCACUGCGCCACCAGGGAAGUCCACAGCUCAUGGUCUUAGUGAGCUUUUGCCAAGCAUUAAUGAGAUGCCCUUCAUUAGCUCAGGCACAGCAGUUAGCUUGGGGUCUGUGAGGGUGUGCAGGCAUUUGGUGGGCUAAGGAGGGGUAGAGGACGAUGAGGGGAGCCCAUGGAGAGGGACCCCUGUCACCUACAAAGGUUCCCUGAGCCCUUGCUUCUUUCUCCUUCACUUGGAAGCCAGGAAAUCACUGAGAGCCGGGUGCUUUGAAGUGCUGGCCAUGUCCAGGCCCCAUCCAUGCAUUCUUGGGAAUUCUCGCAGGGAGUGUUUCUGUCCCAUUUCACUGCUAACAAAACUGAAGCCCAGAGACGUGAAGUAGCUGGCCUGAGGUCACACAGCUUGUGCGAGAUAGAGUUGGAAUUCCCACCCAAGGCUGAUGGCUCCUGAGUAUGUGCUCGCUCUCUGAUACAGCCUCUCCUGCAAGCAGAUUUGACUCACAGAAGCAGCCAGCCCCAGGCCAACUGGGCAACCAGGGUCCUCCCUCCUUCACGGUCACCCACCUGUGUGCUACUUGGAGAAGGGAGAGUCCAGGCCUAGAGGGGAGAGUCCAGCAUCCAAGUCUAGGUUCCAGCCCUGCCUGGGUGACCUAGAGCAAGCCACUGCACACUGAUUCAACGCCCUUCAAAGUGGGGCAGGGGACAGCGUGAUGUCCGGGGCUCUGCCUCCUUCCAGUGCUAUGCUGCCAGGAUUUGAGUCUCCUUAAAUCAAGCUGCCCCAGUGCCCGCCAUCGGUGGCCGUCUUCUCCUGUGAGUCUCUCCUGUUCUCGUCAUGUUCACAUCCAAUAAGUAGGAGGAUGCCCACUGGAGCUGUCGUCUGCUCAACAACAAUUUAUUGAACACCUACUAUGUGCCAGUCACUGUUCCAGGCCUCAGCCAUCCAAGAAAACGCAAAAACAGACCCAGACCUGACCACGUGGACCUUACAGUCGAGGUGGGGAAAAUCUUUAAUAAAAGAACCCCUCAGAUAUUUAACCACAAACCAGAGAGCUGUGAGGGAGAAGAGUGAGGGGUGGGGGCACAAAGCCCUGUGUCUGGGGCUGGCAGGGGGGUCCUUGCCCUGGA